GGAACCGGCCGGUGGAGCGCGAGCGCGUAGGCGCGGCCGGGGUAGGGCCGCGACUCCGGAAUCUCGGUAAGACCCAGUCUGCGCCGCACCCCGAGCCGCAGCCAUGGCCGCCUACAAGCUGGUGCUGAUCCGGCACGGCGAGAGCGCGUGGAACCUGGAGAAUCGCUUCAGCGGCUGGUACGACGCCGACCUGAGCCCGGCCGGGCACGAGGAGGCGAAGCGCGGUGGGCAGGCGCUGCGAGAUGCUGGCUAUGAGUUUGACAUCUGCUUCACCUCAGUGCAGAAGAGAGCAAUUCGGACCCUCUGGACAGUGCUGGAUGCCAUUGACCAAAUGUGGCUGCCAGUGGUGAGGACUUGGCGCCUUAAUGAGCGACACUAUGGGGGUCUGACUGGCCUCAAUAAGGCAGAAACUGCUGCCAAGCACGGUGAGGCCCAGGUAAAGAUCUGGAGGCGCUCCUAUGAUGUCCCACCACCUCCGAUGGAGCCUGACCAUCCCUUCUACAGCAACAUCAGUAAGGAUCGUAGGUAUGCAGACCUCACUGAAGAUCAGCUGCCCUCCUGUGAGAGUCUGAAGGACACUAUUGCCAGAGCUCUGCCCUUUUGGAAUGAAGAAAUAGUUCCCCAGAUCAAGGAGGGGAAACGAGUACUGAUUGCAGCCCAUGGCAACAGCCUUCGGGGCAUUGUCAAGCACCUGGAGGGUCUCUCCGAGGAGGCUAUCAUGGAGCUGAACCUGCCGACUGGCAUUCCCAUUGUCUAUGAAUUGGACAAGAACUUGAAGCCCAUCAAGCCAAUGCAGUUCCUGGGUGAUGAAGAGACCGUGCGUAAAGCCAUGGAGGCUGUGGCUGCCCAGGGCAAGGCCAAGAAGUGAGGUCGAGCAGCAGAUUACUUUCCCAGGGAUUACCCUUCCUCCCAAGCCCAUCCAUUCCUCUGCACCUCUCCCCUGCACACGUCACACUGAUGACAUCUGUAGGCAUCUUAAGCUGUAGCUGCAGAUGGGGAGCAGUGGCUCCCAAUUCCAUUUUAGCCAUUUUAUCUCUUGUACCCACUCCCUUCAUACAGUCUAGUCAGAAUGGCACCUCUGGGGCAUGGUUCUCAGUCCAAGCCAAGGGAAGACUUAUCCAAGAGCGUUGAGAGGUAGUAACUGGGGCGGGGCGUUGCUAGUGGUUUGUUUAUUACUAAGGACCUGCUUGAGUAGAGGAUAGGGAGGAACCAUGCCAAGGUGUGAC